AAGGCGGUCUGUGCUUUGACCCGUUGGAUCAUUUGUAGCAAAGAGAGGCGGCACACCGGAAAGCUAACGGGUAGCAGAACUCCAUCGGAAAUAGAAGCCUGAGUUUGAAAUCUGUGUGGCAUAUCGACCUGUACAUUCAGUCUCCAGAACAUUAAUAGGUGCCUGCGUAGGGACUUCCGCGGCAAAGAGGCCUUGAAAACACCUGCAGAAGCGAGCGAAAGGAGCGUUUUGGUCCCGUCAAGUGGGCUAACAAGCUAACUUGGGCCCUAGCUGCUGCUAGCAGUGGAGCUCACUUCCCGCAAGCAAAAGCAAAACAAGGAAUGAGUGAUGAACUCUGUGGUGGUGUCAGAUGGAGGAGGAAACAUAGUGGAGUAUGUCACUGUGGUUGAAGAGUCUCAGCAGCAGGCUGCUGAGGAGGACGAGGAGGUGGUGCAGCAGGAUGGAGAGGCUGUGAUCAUGGUGGAGGAGGAGGAGGAGGAAGGGGUGAUCCUGCAAGAAGAGGAGGGAUCUCCGGCCGUCAUCGUGGAAGAGGUGCCCAGCGCCCAGGUGGAGGAGUGCUACUCGGCCCAGGUCCUGGUGUACGACGACGGGACAUACCUGAUGCAGGACGUGGCUGAGGAGCAGGAGGUGGUGACGGAGGUGGCUGAGUCCGUGGAGAUGUCAGGCCAUGACAUGGUGUGCUUUGACAAAACCUUUGAGGCAGCUGAAGCUCUGCUGCACAUGGAAUCACCUGGAGGCCUUCACAAUGACCGCAGCACAGCAGAGGAUGUGAUGAUGGAGACUGUGGUGGAGGUUUCUACUGAGUGUGGGCCCAUCGAGGAGGACUCCUUCCCCAUCCCUCCUGACUGUGAGCCUGCAGCCAAGAAGAAGAGAGGAGGUGGACGUAAACCCAAAACGCAGCAGCCUGCCUCCAACGGCUCCUAUGACCUGGGGAUCAAGAAGAGGCCGAGGGAAGGAAAAGGAAACACCACAUAUCUGUGGGAGUUCCUGCUGGAGCUGCUGCAGGAUAAAAACACCUGUCCCAGGUACAUCAAAUGGAUGCAGAGAGACAAAGGCAUCUUCAAGCUGGUGGACUCCAAGGCCGUGUCCAGGCUGUGGGGGAAGCACAAGAACAAGCCCGACAUGAACUAUGAGACCAUGGGCCGCGCCCUGAGGUAUUACUACCAGCGAGGGAUCCUCGCAAAGGUCGAGGGUCAGCGACUUGCUUACCAGUUUAAAGAAAUGCCCAAAAACAUCCGUGUGAUCGACGACGACGAGGGAUGCAUGGACAUAAAGAUGGAGGACAGCGAGGUCAUUGUGUCCGGCCAGCUCCCGGUUCACCAGCAGAGCCCUGCCAGCCUAAGCACCCCUGUUAGCACCCAGCCCCAGCAGACCUACGUCACAGUCAUCCCCAGCAACGCCUCCACCAGGCCCCUCCGAGCCAUGCCACUGGUCAUGACCAACUCUCUAGGCCAGGUGACGCUAAACUCCUCCCCCAUCCUCACCACCACAGGCGUCCCAGUGACCGUAGCGAAGGCCUCCACCAGCGCUCCGCCCAAGCUGGUGAUCCAGGCGCUGCCCACCAUGCUGCCCGCCGGCUCCAAGGCCGGAGAAAAGAUCACCAUCAUCACCAUCCCAGCCAACCAGCUGGCCACGCUAAUGCAGACUAACCCCCCAGGCCAGGUGGCUCAGAUCAUCCAGGCCAAGCCGGUGGCCACCCAGCUGACUCCAGCCGCCAUCAAGCCGUCCGGCAUCCAGCUGGCGCCCGGCCGGACCGCGCCGCAGCUCAUCCUGGCCAAACCGGCCGCAGUCGCCCAGGCUCUGCCGCAGCUCUCGGUGCAGGUGGGCCAGCCUCGCCCUGCACCCCCCACCACCCUCACACAGCUGCACCCCCAGCCCCAAGCAGCACAAUCAGAGGGGGCGGAGCCUCCACCCCUCUCCAGCCCAGCAGCAGCAGCAGAGGCAUCGUCCUGAAAACCUGACCUGAGCUGUGGGGUGGGGGGGCUGGGCAAUGGAGUGGGGGUACUGCAGGAAGUGACUGUAGACUCUGCUCAGGAAAUGAAGGACACGUCCUCUCUCUACACCUUCAGAUGAGAGCUGCUUUAUGAUUGGCUGUUGUCACAGCGCUCCCCCUAGAGGAUCAAAGGGACGAUUGUGUACACACACACACACACACACACACACCCACAGUUCCCUCAGUGCUCAAACAACAUGAGCAGCCUUAGAUUGUAAAUGAAAAUCUGUCUUUUUGUAAUCAGCCCUGAUAUAAAGACUUUGUGGUGUAAAAACAUUUUUGAUACUCAGCAGCUUAAAUGUUGAAUCAGACGUCCUUUCAGUCUCCAGACGUCCCUCUGAGUCCCACACACACACGGCCCUUCUGGGUCCCUCUGGGUCACACACACACACGAACACACACAGCCCCUCUGCUUCAGCUGCUUGACUUCAGAGUGAAGAGCAGAGAACACUAUGCAAAGCCUGAAGAGAGGUUUAUCUCACUCUGAGCAGAGACCAAACUGAAAAAAUAAAUAAAAUCAUCUGACUCUGCCCCCUGCUGGCCGUAAACACAGGUUAGUGGGACUUAUCUCUUUAUUGUCCAAUCAGAGGCUACAUCAGCUUCUGCAGUCCAUGGUUUUUUCUCAGCGCUGUCGGUCUCUCUGCUUCUCUUUUUUUACUCUUCCUUAAAAGGGAUCAAUAGGAUGUCUGCAUCCAUGUCAGUGAACUAAGUAAGCCCUGCAUUUGAAGCAUAAUAUACUAUUUUUUUUCUUGUACUAUCAGUGUAUUGAAGUAGAUUUUACUGAAAUAUGUAUUAUAAAAAAUACAAAUGUGAAAGAAAACAGUGUGCCUUUUUUAUUCAGGUGUGUAGAAAUGACUUCUCAGCCUUUAGUUCUGAGAAAUGAAAAGAUGGAGCAUCUUUACCAACGGCUGUACGUCAUGUCAGUAAUGUAGAAUAUAAUUUAUCCCUUUUACAACCGCAAGUGUUGCUUAAUGUUGCAGAUUUUCAGAAUUUGUUUGAAAGUAUUUUUAAUUUUUUUGCCUUUUUACAAACCUACAUGCUGUAGGUGUACAUAGGUGACAAGAACAUAUAGUUUUCUUUGCACAAUCAGGGUUUCCCCAGAAGAUGGCGCCACUGGUAAUAGUCUAUUCCAGGAUGACCAAGUCCAGCCCCUCCUGUCCUGGGACUUUGAGAUGCUUCCUCACUCCAGCAGCUGAAGCAGUUUAUUUGAUUCAGGUGUUUUGGAGAAGGGAUGCACUAUACAGUUCAGGCUCUACUGCCUUGCAGCAAAAAGGUCCUGGGUUUGAAUCCCAGCCAGGGGCCAUGGAGCUUGCAUGUUCUUGUGCAUGCAUGGGUUCUCUCCAGGUACUCUGGCUCCUUCCAACAGUUCAGACACAUUCAUGUCAGGUAAAUUCCAGCUGUGUGUUGACUUUAGAUCGUUCCUCUUUAGGUCCAAAAAUUAUAACUUCAGCUUUGUUUCUGUUUAGCUGGAGAAAGUUAUGGCACAUCCAGACAUGUAUCUGUUCUAAGCAUCUGGUCAGUGCUUGGAUGGGUUCAGAGUCACUUGGUGACAUCAUAAUGUAGAGAGCAUGUGACUUCUGUCUGCUUUGAUGAGAAGUUAUUUAUUGAAACAAAGAAAUCAAAUAAAGGGAAAAGCCAAAAGAA